AUGCUGGACCCCCUCGGGCCCCCUCCGGCAUGGCUACGGACCUUCGUCGAACCCUACGCUCUCCGCCUCAACAGCCCGACCCUCGCCGAUCAUAUCCAUGAGGUCUUCCUCGCCUUCGCCUUCUACCAGUUUAUCCACUCGUUCCUGUCGCCAUGGUUGUCGCCGAUCCUCUUCCCGACUCACUACAACAAGCUGAAUGCUCGGACCAAGCUCAACUGGGAUAUCCAUGUCGUGUCGUUGGUGCAGAGCGUUCUGAUCAAUGUUGCCGCGUUGUGGAUUAUGUUCGUUGAUACCGAGCGUGGGCAGAUGUCGACGGGUGAGCGUGUUUUCGGCUAUACCGGUGCGUGUGGCUUGAUCCAGGCGUUGGCUGUUGGGUACUUCCUCUACGACUUGAUUGUCAGCGUCGUCCAUGUGAAUAUGUUUGGUAUUGGCCUGCUGUUUCAUGCUGCUAGUGCGCUUUGGGUGUUCAGUCUUGGUUUUAGGCCGUUUGUGAACUACUAUGCGCCGGUGUUCAUUCUCUACGAGCUCUCUAGCCCCUUCCUCAAUAUCCAUUGGUUCCUUGACAAGGUCAACAUGACCGGCAGCCGCGUCCAGUGGUACAACGGCAUGCUCCUUCUGUCGGUCUUCUUCUGCUGUCGUCUUGUUUGGGGAACCUGGCACUCCAUUAUGAUCUACAAGGAUAUGUGGUACGCCCUGCAGCAGACCUGGUCCGCCGCGGCGUCUCCGCUCCAAGCACCGGCCACCGUGAACGCGCACGUCUUCCGCCUCGAUUCCGGCAGUGUGUGCAUCGACGAGACCUGUGCUCGGGCGAAUGCUGAAAUCGCCCGCUUUAAGGACUUCACCGCCACCGGCGUCCCGACUUGGCUGGUCGUGACAUACGUGACGUCCAACCUGAUCCUCAACUUCCUGAACUACUUCUGGUUCUCGAAGAUGGUUGAGACUGUUCUCAAGCGAUUCCGCACCCCCGCCGCUUCUGCGGGCAAGCCUGACCAGAAGGAGAAUGUCAAAAUCAGCGAGAAGAAAGACCUGCACGAGAAUAUCCCGCAGGGUGUGAUUCUCGAGGCGGCGGCUAAAUUGGAGGAACAGGAAGGUGGACGCGGGGAGCUGGGCCUUACACCGGAGCAAAUUUCCUCGGCUAUUGACGCGGGACUCGGUGAGGAUCUGCGCCGGCGCAGGGCCGAGUUGGUUGCCAAGGUGCCCUUGCCGGGAUCUUGA